AUGUCGACUACUCUCGGCUCGUUUAUAGCUGGUGGUAUCGCAGCUUGUGGUGCUGUGACAGCGUCGCAUCCUUUCGAGACUGUCAAGAUCAGGUUACAGCUUCAGGGAGAGUUGCAAGCAAAAGAUGUGGCUGUCAAGAAGUAUCGGGGCGUGUUACAUGGUGUCUCUGUCAUAUCUCAGAAUGAGGGCAUAAGAGGUUUAUAUCGUGGUAUCGGAUGCGCAUACGUCUACCAAAUCCUACUCAACGGCUGCCGACUGGGCUUCUAUGAACCAGUGAGAGCAUUCACCACGAAUUUGAUCUUUAAAGAUCCGAACGUCCAGUCAUUGGGCGUGAAUGUAUUCACUGGUGCUUCUUCCGGAAUAUUAGGCGCCAUGGCUGGUAGUCCCUUCUUCUUGGUCAAGACGAGGUUACAAUCAUACUCGCCGUUCCUGCCCGUUGGCACGCAACAUAGAUACAAAAAUGCUUUGGAUGGUGUGAAGCAAAUAUACCAGGCUGGAGGUCUACCCACUUAUUUCUUUGCAAAGAGAAGGUUGAUAAAACAUGCUGGCAUGCAGGAUGGUCCGGGUCUACAUCUGCUGAGCUCGGCUUGCUCAGGCUUUGUUGUGUGCUGUGUCAUGCAUCCGCCUGACACGGUCAUGGCUCGUUUGUACAACCAGAACGGUAAUCUAUACAAGGGCAUAUUCGACUGCCUGUACAAAACUGUGUCAACGGAAGGUGUCUUAGCUCUUUACAAAGGCUUCUUCGCCCAUCUAUCACGAAUAUUACCGCAUACGAUCCUCACCUUGACCCUGGCCGAGCAGACGAACAAGAUGAUGAGGUGGGUAGAGAACAAGACUUUGUCAGAGAGCAUUAAAGAGAAGAUCUGA